CGGCCAGUCAGCGGCAGAUCAUUGAGAGUAGUGGACGUGUCGAUGGUUCUGUAAUCGCGUAUUAACUUUCGUGAAAAAAAUACUUUCGAACUUUUUUUUUUUCGUUUACGGAAACUACAUAAUCAGUGCUGUGCCCGAUUUACAGAAGAUAUUUCAGUGUUUCUAGCUUUUGUAAAGGAGCUGUGUAAAGUUUUGUGCAUAUUGGAAUGUUGCUAAGUUGUGUAGUGUUUUGUUGGAGUUAGAUUGCGGAUUUUUCGUGAGAUAAAGUGAAAAACGUUCAGUGGAAGCAAAAGUGUGUGUGUUGUGAUAAGAUGAUGUACUAGUUCAUAAUGUUGCCACGGUGGCGCUGCGGUCGCAUCACGUGACAUUCGGAUCCAAAGAUGGCGGAGACCAGUCCCGCCACUUCUAUCAUAGAGGGCACCGUGAAAUUUCGCGAUGGAAAAAAGUGGAAAUCGCGAUGGUGUGUCAUGCGGAAGCUGUCUCCCGUAGCAGAUUGCGUUCACCUACAGCUGUACAAGGACCUAAAAGAGAGACAGAAGAACGGGCAGACUAAGGCUUCAUUAUCCUUGCAGCAGUUUCUUGGAUUUGAGUCAGGGUUCACGUUGGACAAGGAAUCGAAUACCUUGGCGAUAUUGUGCGAAGACGUCGUCCCAGUAUUAGCUUUCGAUACUAGAGAGGGAUUAAUACAAUGGAGGGUUAAGGUGCAGCACAAUCUUGGCAGCAGUAAAGAGUUUGCCGCGAUCCUGAUAUCAUCGCCGCAGACGAACACCCGCGCCGGGCCGGUUCGCCUGCACGUCUGUGGCCCUAAGCUCGCUCUUUGCGGCUCGCGUCCGCCCGAAGUGCUGGCCCUCUGGGACGUAAAACUGCUCAGACGUUACGGCGUCGUCGACAAGCGGUUCUGUGUGGAAGGCGGCUCGCGUUGCGGUAAAGGCGAGGGUCUAUUUGUGUUUGCCGCCGAAGCAGGACGCGAGCUGACGGAACUCCUCAACAUUUACAGUCACGACGCCCAAUCUAGACUCAGCAUGGCUUCUAGAAGUGGAUCAGUUUCAGAAAAGCGUUUCUCCGACACGAGCUCGUGCAUGGACGAGUGCUUCCACCCGUCGAUGAGGUCGGUGUCGCCGUCGUGGGCGGGGCCGGCCAGCCAGACCAUGCACUGCCUGUCCGACCUGGACUCGAGCGUGGACGGCAACGAGGAGAAGUUCAGAAGGCCCACGUCCUUGCCGCGCUGCUCGAGUUGCAUCGGGAAAAUCUGUCAUUUGACCAGAUCAUCAACGAUGUGCACACCAGGCUCCGUCAUGUCUCCAGUAUGGACCAUGGACAACAUUAUGGAGAAGCGUUCGGAUUCGGACAGAGCCUCGAUUUACUCCAGAUCCAGUGGGAGCGCUUCUGAAUACAGCGUGCCGCGGGGCUCCUGCAUCCUGGACAAGAGCUUCGACUCCAAGCGGUCCAGUCCCGUGGGAUGCUGCACGCCCACAAUCCCCGCCAAGGUCGGCUGUCAGUGCUGGCAACAGAAACCCUGUUGCUGCAAGAAGAGGGUCUUCAGUGGACCUUACGAGAACUACGACGUGCCAAAAAUUCCUAUGCCAUUGAUACAGGAGCACCCGUCCGACGGCUCCGACCCCGCCAGUCUGUACGACACACCAAAGAAACUGAAAUGUCUCGUCGGGGGCCCGUGCGGCUGCGGACCAGGCGCCGACCCACCCGCCAACUACGUCAACAUCGAACCAGCCAAACCCGAACCCGUCGACUACGGGAACUACGCCAACGUCGACCUCAGCGCGACCCUCGAAAAAUUCGAAAGCUCCAUACAGAUCCUGAGAAGCGCGGGCUUCAGUCAGGAGGAGCUCGACGCUCUCGAGGACAUACCGGAGAACGACGACGAUAUAUCGACGGCGACGAACAACACGGUGCACCAGACGGAGUACGGCAACGACCACGACGACUACAUGCAAAUGGAGCCGGCAGAGAACAGCUCCUCCAGCCACAGCAACAAGAACUACUCGGACAACGUGAGCAGGACCAGCCACGUGUCGGACCCCACGCACUCCGACCGGGACCCCACGCACUCCGACCCGGACCCCACGCUGGGCGCGCGCCGGUCCAACUCCGUGGACUUCACGAAGAAACACGACGAGGACCGCCUCAGCAGCCGCUCGUGCUUCACGCCGAUCGCGCUCAGGAGGACCUGUAAAACUGAUAACAUGAACGGCGGCUUGCAAUACAAGACCUUAGAGAUCGUCGAGUCCAAAGACAGGCUGUUCAAGGGAUCAGAGUCCAGGACGGAGAAUACGCUCGUGGCUAAGUUCAGAGACGCGGUGAAGAUAAGACGGUCCUCCAGCGUGCCCAGCAAGUCCGACAAGAACAGGGACUCGUCCAGCUCCAACGACUCCGGCGUGUCCACCGGCUCCCUGAAGCACCACAAAGGUGAUUUUGAAUUCGAAACGCCGGUGACCAACUCCAAGUCCGUGAAGAAGCAUCUGAAGAGUAAGCAGACGCGGAGGGGCCCUGCCCCGGCGCAGGAGACGAUUGUCAAGUCCAACUCCUCGGACCCGCUCAAGAACCUAACGUUCCAGUUCGACGAGGUCGCCACCCUGACCAGGGCUGGCUCGUGCGACGCCGACACUCUGACCAGGAGGAAGAAGAGGAACGCGGAGGGCGACGCCAGCGCGCGCCACAGCCAGCUCACCAACAAGAGCACGUCCAGCGGCGCCUCCGACACCUCGGACUACAUGGAGUCGCUGUCCGUCUCCUCGUUCAGCUCGUGCGACGCCGCCGCCGAGAGGCACUGCGCCCGGCCCCGCUCCGGACGCGAGUACGCCAGCGCCGGCCGCGCCGCACUGGCCGCGCUCGCCGCCGCCCCCGCCGACACGCUCCAGUGAGUGAGUGCUCAUAACAUUAUCGGGUGGACGAUCCCAUUCGAAAUUUUGAAACAGUCCGACUGGGAAUGAGCGUCCGACUCAUCAAAAUGUUAAUGUAUCAACCCGCCGCACUCGUCGCCGCACUCGCCGCCGCGCCCGCCGACACGCUCCAGUGAGUGAGUGUUCAUAACAUUAUAUCGGGUGGACGGUCCCAUUCGAGAUUAUGAAAACAGUUCGAUUGGGAAUGAGCGUCUGACUCAUCAAAAUGUUAAUGUAUCAACCCGCCGCGCAAGCCGCCGCGCCCGCCGACACACUCCAGUGAGGAGUGUUCAUAAAAUUAUCGGUCCAACUCGCAAUUUUGAAAACAAUCCGACUUUAAAAGGUGAGGUUGGUUAGUGGGAUCCGCGUUAUGUGCAGGAUGAACCUUAUGUUUAUGAUGUACCGUAGAUUGAGGGGAUCGGGACCCUUUCCAAAUCCAACACAAAAUUUCAAUGGAUUUUCUUAGGGUAAUACCAAUAAAAUUGAGAUUAAAAUUAUUCCGGAGUCUUAAAUUUUUAUAUACAAUUUUCAUAGUUAUUGUACAUCGUUCAUUACUAAAUAUACAUAAAAACUGAAAAAAACCAGCUUAACCCGAUUCGCCUUGGCUUUGGGGUGAAUCGGUUACGUAUGGGGACAAUAGAGUUUUUCAAUAGGGCUGGCACUAUUUAGUUGUCAGGUAGGUACCUAACUUUAGAUAAUUAACUUUUUAAUAUCUUUAAUGAGUUACAAACCUUUGAUGACUAAAUUAAACUAUUUGAUAUUCUUAAACACUAAAUAAAUUUCAGUUCAACAAAGUAAAAUCUAACAACUCCACAAAAGUAUUGUGACAUCCCAGAUUUGUCCCUGUUCUAACUCUAGUCUCUAUCCCCCCAAUCUACUGUGAUAGGUAAAAAUUAGCUAUGUCGAUCCAACGUUGGAUCGAUAAUAGCCCUACGUCUGGCAUUACGGGGUACGUAUGAAACAAGAAAUUCACAUCUCCACCCCGGAUAUCGAAUAUCUGAAGAAAUCAGACUGGCCGGGUCGAACCCGGAUCCUAAGGUCCAUGGGCCAACAUCACUACCAGCUGGACCAAUGGAGCGACGACCAAAAAAAUAUCCAAGUUGAAAAUACAUUCUAAUCAUUGGAUUUGUUUACGAUAAUCUAUAAAACGCUUUAUCCGAAAUAACCUAAUAAGUGGUCGGAUUACAAAAACGAAAAAAUAAGUACAUACAUAAUCUGUGUAUUUUUUAGUUAAAUUAUGAAUAUCUUAAAAACAAACAAAAAAAACUGCCCGCCAUUGCCAGUUAGUUUUAAAAGAAUUAAAAAGAGAACAUGAAAUUUAAAAGUAUAAAAUCAAAAUAUUUUUUGAAAUACAUUAUGGUAUGUACAUUUAGUUCAUUUAUUGAAUUAGAAGAAACAGAUACCAAUACUGUUUUAAUAAUUUAGAAAUCUUAAUUAUUAUUAUUUUUUUAGCGCACGAAAUGUUUGAGAAUGUUCCAUUUCAAUAAGGUUUUGAUAAAAAAAACAAAUGUACUAUAAUAAUCUAACGCCGCGUUCUUAUUAUUAUAUAUGUGUGUUAAUGAUAAAAUCGCAUGCUGUCAUUUACAGAUAAAUAAAUUAAUAUUUUGUAAUAAAAGACACUUUUUUUAUCGAACUUUAUAAAACAUAUAUUUUUUUUAAUAUUUAAGUCAUUUAACCGUGUAAAUAAAUGUAAAUAAAAUGCAAAUCAAGUUACAUAUAAUUGUUCCUAUGUACCUAUAUUUAGAUGUUAUAAGUUGUAUUUACUUAGUCGUGUAGUAGCGUGCCAAAAAAUAGAUGGCUAUUUAAGGUUUUGGGUACUUUGAAAAUUUUUAUAUGAAAGGAUUUUCAAAACGGUUUUGCGUUUACAAAUAUACAGGAUUUAUAUAAAUUUAUAUAAACUGUAGGACUCAUUUAUAAAUGAUGUUCAAAAAUAUGUAUUCAUUUACUGUAAAUUCUACAUAAUAUAUUAAUUUCUAAGGGUUUCUUCGUAGUUGGCCGUUUUGGGUACUUAAAAUUAAUUUGUGCCUUUGAAUAUUAAUAUUUUUCAUUUAUUUUUCGUUACCUUAAUAUUGUGUAAUUUUAUGGUUGAAUAAAUGAAAGAUGUCAAUAA